UUGAACUUGUUAAUGUUGAAUUUAAGGCCAUUGUCUGAAAUACCAAAGCUCCACUACUACCAUAUAUACACCCCUAAGCUAGUCUCAAAUUUGCAUCACUACAACAUACAUAGAAAGUUCUCUCUCUCUCUCUGAAUUUUCAUUUUGAUUCUUCUUCUAUUACAUAAAAAAUGGCUUCCACUGGUAAGAUGGAUGUAGAAAUUGAGGUGAAGUCUCAUGCAGACAAGUUCUUUGAAGCCCUUAAGGACUCUGUCAAUGUCCUCCCUAAGGCCUUCCCUAAUGAUUACAAGAGCAUUGAAGUUCUUGAAGGUGAUGGGAAAUCCACUGGUUCUAUUCGCCUCAUACAUUAUGGGGAAGGCUCUCCUCUUGUGAAAGUAUCAAAGGAGAAGGUGGACAUAAUGGAUGAAGCAAACAAGACAUUUGUGUAUUGUGUGAUUGAUGGGGAUCUGCUGAAAUUCUACAAGAAUUUCAAGAGCAACAUUUCUGUAAUUCCAAAGGGAGCUGGGAGCCUUGUGAAAUGGUCGUGUGAGUUUGAAAAGGCUAGCGAAGAGAUUCCAGACCCACACCUCAUUAAGGACUUUGCUGCCAAGAACUUCAAGGAGCUGGAUGACUAUGUUCUUAAGGCAUAUUAGAGGGCACUCCCAUUUCCAUUUGGAAUGUUUCUGGUGAAGUGAAGAAAUUAUCAAUAAACAAUAAAAUUGUGUUUGGAGUACUGCACUCUUUUCAGUUCUUAGUAGUUGUUACUUUGGGGUACAUGUUCCUUUCUUCGUUACGUAAUGUAAUGGAUGAUGAUUGAUGACGUUCUUAACUUCUUAUUUUC